CUCUUGCCUUAACUAGAGUCUGCAAGCCCUUUGACAUUUUCAUUCUUCUUGCCAUUUUUGCCAACUGUGUGGCCAUGGGUGUCACCAAGCCGUUUCCAGAUGAUGAUUCCAACCCUACCAACCACAAACUAGAACAAGUUGAGUACGUCUUUCUCGUCAUCUUCACCAUUGAGACCUUCACUAAAAUUCUUGCCUACGGCUUAGUCAUGCACCCCAGCGCCUACAUACGCAGCGGAUGGAACUUGCUUGAUUUCAUUAUCGUCAUUGUUGGGUUGUUCAGUGUGAUAGCAGAAGCAAUGACAGAUCACAAGCCCGGUGAGGCCCACCAUGCUGCAGGAAAACCUGGAGGCCUGGAUGUCAAAGCUCUCCGAGCGUUCAGAGUGUUACGACCACUUCGACUUGUGUCUGGAGUGCCAAGUUUACAAAUUGUGUUGAACUCCAUCAUGAAAGCCAUGGUGCCCCUGCUCCACAUUGGUAUGCUGGUCAUGUUUGUCAUCAUAAUCUACGCCAUCAUCGGCUUGGAGCUUUUCAUUGGGAGGAUGCACAAGACGUGCUACCUCAUGAGCACAGGUCUCAUGGUGGAUGAUGAUCCAACACCUUGUGCGUUUGCUGGGAAUGGCCGCUUCUGUGUCACUAAUGGGACUGAGUGCAGGGGCAAGUGGGAGGGCCCCAACGGAGGGAUCACAAACUUUGACAAUAUCUUCUUUGCCAUGCUGACAGUUUUCCAGUGCAUCACUAUGGAGGGUUGGACAGAUGUACUCUACUGGAUGAAUGAUGCUAUUGGCUAUGAGAUCCCAUGGAUUUACUUUGUUUCUCUGGUCAUCUUUGGAUCAUUUUUCAUUAUCAAUCUUGUAUUGGGUGUGUUGAGCGGAGAGUUUUCUAAAGAAAGAGAGAAGGCCGUCGCUCGCGGUGAGCUGCAGAAGGCGCAGGAGAGCAAGCAGAUGGAGGAGGACAUGAUAGGAUACAUGGACUGGCUCAUAGAGGCCGAGGAUGUGGACGAAGAAGGAAACAAACGUGCUGCAAUUGCAAAGAAAAAGAUGAUGAAGAAGUUUGGCUGGUAUAAGCACAGUGAGGAUGGAGGAGAGUCAGACUCUGAUGAUGAUAUAGCAUACCUGGAUGAUGAUAGUGGCUUCUGUGCAUCUCUCAUGGCAAAGAUGAUGGCCAAUAGUUUCUGUGACCAGUUGUGCCAGUUGAAUCACACUCUCAGGAAGAACUGCCGUGUUGCAGUAAAGACCACUAACUUCUACUGGUUGGUGCUUCUGUUGGUGUUUCUCAACACUGUGGCCAGCGCUUCAGAGCAUUACGGGCAGCCGAAAUGGCUCACAGAAAUGCAAGAGCGAGCCAAUAAGGUCCUGCUGCUGCUCUUCACUCUGGAGAUGUUGAUGAAGAUGUACGCCUUUGGUCUGCAGAUCUACUUUAUGGCGCUGUUCAAUCGCUUUGAUUGCUUUGUUGUGUGUGGCGGUAUUCUCGAGACACUCCUCGUAGAAUUUGAUGUCAUCCCGCCCAUUGGCAUAUCGGUGCUACGCUGCAUCCGACUGCUCCGGAUAUUUAAGAUGACUCGGCACUGGGCUGCUUUGUCUGAUCUGGUCACUUCACUGCUCAACUCUAUGAAAGCUAUCUGCUCCCUUCUGCUUCUGCUCUUCCUCUUCCUCAUCAUCUUCGCCCUUCUGGGUAUGCAGUUGUUUGGAGGCAAAUUCAACUUUGAUGAGACUCAGAUGAAAAGAAGCACCUUUGACUCAUUCCCUCAGGCGCUGCUCACAUGUUUCCAGAUCCUCACUGGAGAGGACUGGAACGCUGUGAUGUACGAUGGCAUUAUGGCAUACGGAGGGCCAAUAUUCCCUAACAUGGUGGUGUGCAUUUACUUUGUCAUCCUCUUUGUCUGUGGUAACUACAUCCUGCUUAAUGUCUUCUUGGCUAUCGCUGUGGACAACUUGGCAGGAGGUGGUGGGAAGAAAAAAGUCGAAGAGAAAAAGGAAGAUGAAGAAGAGUGGGAUGAAGAUGAAGAGAAAGAGGAUGAAGAUGCAGGGAACGAAGAUGACGACUGGCAGGAAAAUGAGGAGCUGAGAGUCAUCGAAGGUCUGGAGGGAGUGGCUCCUCUAAAGCCCGAUUUCUCCGGACCCAAAGAAAAGAUUGUACCAAUACCCGAUGGAAGCUCCUUCUUCAUUCUUGGAAAGAAAAACUGUUUACGAGUCGCCUGCCACAACCUCAUCCAUCACCCCUACUUCACCAACUUCAUCCUCAUCUUCAUCAUCCUCAGUAGUAUUUCACUGGCUGCUGAGGAUCCCAUUAAAUCCCACUCAUUCAGGAACACUGUGCUGGGAUAUGCUGAUUAUGUAUUCACUUCAGUUUUCACUGUGGAGAUCGUACUUAAGAUGACUGUUUAUGGAGCUUUUCUGCACACUGGCUCCUUCUGUAGAAAUGCCUUCAACCUUCUUGACCUGCUGGUUGUCAGUGUGUCACUCACGUCCUUCUUUCUGCACUCAAGUGCCAUCUCUGUGGUGAAGAUUCUCCGAGUGCUUCGAGUGCUCAGGCCUCUUCGAGCCAUAAACAGAGCCAAGGGAUUAAAGAAUGUGGUGCAGUGCGUGUUUGUGGCGAUCCGCACCAUCGGCAACAUCUUAAUUGUCACAACCCUCCUCCAGUUCAUGUUUGCGUGUAUUGGAGUGCAGCUUUUCAAGGGCAGAUUCUACAGCUGCACUGACGAAGCCAAACACACUCCAGAUGAGUGCAAAGGCACAUUUGUGGUGUAUAAGGAUGGAGAUAUGAAUCACCCCAUGGUCAGGGAACGCAUCUGGGAGAACAGCGAUUUCAACUUUGAUAAUGUGCUAAUGGGAAUGUUGGCUUUAUUCACUGUGUCAACAUUUGAAGGUUGGCCGCAGCUUCUGUACCGGGCCGUCGAUGCCAACGCCAUAAAUCGAGGCCCCAUUUACAACUACAGAGUAGAAAUCUCCAUCUUUUUCAUCAUCUACAUCAUCAUCAUCGCCUUCUUCAUGAUGAACAUAUUUGUGGGUUUUGUCAUCAUUACAUUUCGAGAGCAAGGAGAGGCUGAGUUCAAAAACUGCGAACUCAAUAAAAAUCAGCGUCAGUGCGUGUAUUAUGCAUUGAAAGCUCAACCAAUUAAGAUUUACAUUCCCAAAAACCCAUCCCAGCUCAAAUUCUGGAAAAUCAUCAACUCCAGCCAGUUUGAGUAUGUCAUGUUUGUACUGAUUCUGGGAAACACCCUUACUCUGGCUGUUCAGCAUUAUGAGCAGUCAAAACUAUUCACCUCCAUUAUGGACAUCCUCAACAUGAUCUUCACUGUGGUUUUCACUAUAGAGAUGAUUAUCAAGCUAAUGGCUCUGCGGGCACAUCACUAUUUCAUCGAUCCUUGGAAUUCAUUUGAUGCACUUAUCGUCGUGGGAAGUGUGUUGGACAUUGCAGUGUCUGAAUUUAGCGGCGGAGGCGGUCAUGGUGAGGGUCCCGGGAAAGGAGAAAGUGGAAAAGUAUCCAUCACAUUUUUCCGUCUUUUCCGAGUCUUGAGGUUGGUCAAACUCCUCAGUAAAGGAGAAGGCAUUCGGACUCUUCUCUGGACUUUUGUCAAGUCCCUCCAGGCUUUACCUUACGUUGGCCUCCUCAUUGCCAUGAUCUUCUUUAUCUAUGCUGUGAUCGGCAUGCAGAUGUUUGGGAAGGUGGCUGUUGAUGACGACACACACAUCAACAGAAACUGCAACUUCCAGACUUUCUUUAUGGCUGUUCUGGUACUUUUUAGGUGUGCCACUGGAGAGCAGUGGCAAGAGAUCAUGUUGGCAGCUUUGCCUGGCAGACGCUGCGACCCAGAAGCCGACGUUGAACCUGGUGAAGAGUUCACCUGCGGUAGCAACUUGGCCUACAUUUACUUCAUCAGCUUCUUCAUGCUCUGUGCUUACCUGAUUAUCAACUUGUUCAUUGCUGUCAUCAUGGACAACUUUGAAUAUCUGACAAGAGACUGGACCGUACUCGGCACUCACCAUCUGGACGAGUUUAAGAGAGUUUGGUCUGACUAUGAUCCAGAGGCCACCGGUCGUAUAAAACACAUCGAUGUUGUCACUAUGCUGCGCAGGAUUCAGCCGCCUCUUGGUUUCGGAAAAUUAUGUCCUCAUCGUGUUGCCUGCAAAAGACUGGUUGCCAUGAAUGUUCCCCUGCAUCCUGAUGGCACAGUCACCUUCAACGCUACUCUGUUUGCUCUCGUGCGAACCUCACUGAAGAUUAAGACUGAAGGUCCCAUCGACCAGCAGAAUGAAGAGCUGAAGGUGAUUAUCAAGAAGCUCUGGAAGCGCACUAAACCCAAGCUCAUCGAUGAAGUCAUUCCUCCCCCUAGAGGAGAUGAGGUGACUUGCGGAAAGGUUUAUGCCAGCUUCUUGAUUCAAGACUACUUUAAAAAAUUCCGGAAAAGAAAAGAAAGGGAGAGGAAAUCCAAAAGGAAGGACAAAGCAGCUUCUCUACAGCAAGGGCUGCGGACACUGCAGGAUCUGGCUCCAGAGAUGCGUCUGGCAAUGGCUUCUGAUCUGGAGGAUGAGGAAGGUGGAGGCGAUGAUAUAUUUGAGAGUGGGCCUGAAACGUCAGCAACCCCCACUCCCUCCAGCACACCGAUGCCACCUCUGGACACGCUGGUAGAGCAGACGACUGUAAUCAUGGAACCAGAGCCGCCCAAGAUCUCCAACGGAGGUGUGAUCACAGAGCAGGUGACGGGCUUGAAGGAACACCAGAGACCGGGAUCAGAGCUGGCAGGUGUCAGUGUGGUAACAGAGCAGCCUGUGAGGUCAGAACCCCUCCCAGUGAGGGCGGACUCCAUCAGUGAAUCGCCUCUUCCUCCUCCACCUCCACCUGAGAUUUCAGUUGAAGAAGUCAAAGCCACAGAGGAAGUAUCCGAGCAGGUGUACUUGAGUGAAGGAGAUGCUGCAAGUCUGGCAUCAGUAGACCGGUAUAUGUAUCCAGAGGCUGUUUCCCCAGUACCAACUGAUGCAGGCUACAAUGGCCAGAGUCUGGAAAGAGGCAGCAGCCUUGGCGAAAUACCGUAUGACUCUAAUGGUACCAGUGGCUUCGUUAGCAAUGAUUACACUGACAUCAACAUGAAUGGAGGGAGUGCUGCCACGAGUCCCACUCCCUACACCACAAAUGAAUAUAAUGAGAAUGGAUAUCCAAGAUACAGUGAGAAUGGAAACGGCGUCAUCACCGCCAACGGGAACGGAAGCACAAUGAGCGGCGGCCAUGAAAACGGCAGCAGCAUCGGUUACACUGGAAACGGCUACACUACCAAUGAGAACAGCGGUGCCCAGUUUGUUAGAAGAAGGUUACUUCCUGCUAUUCCAAAAGGUCAUAAACCCGCCUUUAAUUUCCAGUGUCUGAGACCACAGAGCAGCGUAGAUAACCUCCCCAUCCCAGGAAUCUAUCAAGGCAACACAUCUCCAACUAGAUCACGUUUGCAGAACCAGCACAGCCUGGAGUCCCGGCCCAGCAGUGUGUCCUCCAUGUCGUCCACCUCCUGGGCGAACACGGCAGCAGCUGGUGCCACUCCUGUUCCAGGAAUAAUUGCCCCCUCGGCACGCAAGGGCAAGCUCAUCUACACUCCUAUGAUCUUGAUGGAUGAAGCCACAGGUACCAGUCAACCGCUGUGGAAUGACGGUUCUGCCAGCCUUCCUGCAGGAAGGCGCCCCGGCUGGUACCCCGGUCAAACCAGGACGUUCACCAGUGUAAGAAUGCCACCCCCUGUGAACCAGGGCUUCGUAAGCAAAGGCAGCGCAGACAGUCUGGUGGAGUCGAUCUUGAUCUCUGAGGGUCUCGGUGUCUAUGCAAGGGACCCGAAGUUUGUGAACUUUGCUAAGCGGGAGAUUGCUGAAGCCUGCCGCAUGAGCCUGGAUGAAAUGGAGAGCGCAGCUGCUGACUUGAUAGCGCGUGGAGCCACUCAGUCGAUUUCUCGAUUUGAGGAGGAGCUGGCUGAUGAAAUGAACUGUGUGAUUUCUUACUGAGAUCAGUUGAACUGUAAGAGAAAUGUGUGAGAAACUGAGAUGUGAAGUUUGUUUUUUCUUAAAAAAAAGGGAGAAGAAAAUCUUUUGUGUGUGUGUGUGUGUGUUUAAAUCUCUUUUGAAAACAAAAAGAAACAUCCCACAUAUGAGAUUUCUAUCAUGUUGGGUAUGAUGUGCUUUUGUUUGUGAAUGCCAAAAACACACUUUGAUUUUAAGUGUACAUGUCAAUUUGUGACAAAAAUUGUGAUUGCCGCAGAAGAGUCAGCAGGACGCAAGUUCAUUUUCUGCAUUGUGCUCUCGUUUUGUACUCUACUUGAACUGUGGUCACUUUAUACACGUGUGUUCAGCUACAAUCAGGGAAACUAGACUCUGAAAUAAGAGUGUUUUAAAUCUGCACAUGUAGAUCAAAUACUUUUCUUUACUCUUGAUACAACUGAGUAAGACUGUGAGUUUCCAACAGCAUUAGCUUCUUUAGAGAAAUAUUUAAAUAUAAUGAAUAUCCUCUAAGAUGCACAAUGCAAACUUGUGGCGAAAAUGUAAAAAUUAUGUUUUGGAUUCAUUGUGACUGAACGGUUGUGUGGCUAUCCACUGUGCAAAAA